AAAUCGCAGGGUGGACAAGAUACUGUGCAGGCAGCAGCCGAUGCAGAUAUGGACAUGAAUGUCGACCAAGACGCGGAGGUUCCCGAUAGUACUGGCGAGCCCGAUAAUGCGUGGCAGAGUGGCAUCGCUGUGCACUCGUCGAUUGCUUCCCUAGCGAGUUGCGCCACGACCGAGGUCGAUGAUGCAAGAACCGAGCUCAAUUAUACCCCGACCGAGCUCAACGUCAGCAUCAAUGGCAGGCCUGACUCUGAAGCCUUGGAGACGCCCAGGGCACCGAGACCACUCCAGCCGGAAGCCAGGGUGGGUGCAUGGGGAGUCAACUUUUCGGAGGUUUACAGGUACGAAGCUGUGCCACAGGGUAGGGUUAAGUUUCAGGAAGGGGAGAAGGAAAAGGUGCUAGCGUUGGUGGACAGGAUGAAGCGGGCGAGAGGUGAGGCUGUUGCGAACGCGAGUGGAGAUCCCGCCAAGCCCUCGAGCGCUGGACUCUCCAAUCCCGAAUCCUCAGCCGUUCGACCCUUGGGAACGACACCUCCGAAUGCGGAAUCUUCAAACGAAGAACAAGAGUUCUAUGCUCAGCGGGGUGUUACGGAUCCCAUUCUAUUGCGUGUCCUCAAGAAAUACUGGAAGAACAUCAGUGCAGAUUAUAUCAGAGCGGAAAGCAAGGCAGCCAUCGACGGCCGGAUGGUUCUGCUUCGAGAUGCAUUGGACAAGCAGAGGGAGCAGAAGGAAGGCAAUACGAGCAAGGAAGUGGUUGAGAAGGGAGCAGUAAGAGUUACCAGCUUGUACCUGUCGAGGAGCCUCUGUAGUAUGUCACCCUAUUUUACGGUUAUGCGGUAUGCCAUGGCCAGCCAAUGCGGGGGCUGGGUAUGGUUCGCACUUGAAACGACGAGACCCUCAAGAACGUCAGAGGCGGAACAGCCAUCGCAUGGACAAAGGCACAAAGGUGGCGCCCCGUUCGUGCUCCAAGCCACCUAUGAUCAGAGUUGAGACCCCGAGACAUGAAGGCCACGAUCACGGUCGUGAACAAAGGCGGUCGCUCCUGAGUGACACGCGAGCGCAAAUGUGGGCAAGGCCACCCUGGACAGAAAGGCAAUCGCC